AUGGCGUCCAUCUUACUGAGGAGCUGCCGCGGCCGGGGGCCCACCCGCCUCCCGCCGCCCCGCGCCGCAGCCCCGAGGGGUAGUCUGGGAGGUCAUGCCUGUCUCCGCUGCGCCGGCACCGCAGGGCUGAUGAGCCACCUGAACGUGCCAUUUCGCUGCUGCACUCCCGUCCACCCUGUGCGCCUUUCCUUCAGAACCGAUCCCCGUGGCUAUUGGACUCUGAGGCCUGAGCGCGUGUGCUCGGCGGCCGGAGUGCCGUGGGCCCCCACCUCCACCAGUCUGGUUGUCCCAGGGCCACCGUUCCUUCCCUUGCGCUGCUGGCACUCGUCACCCCCUCUGGGCGAUGACUCUGUGGUGGAGAAGUCCCUCAAGUCCCUAAAGGACAAGAACAAGAAGCUGGAGGAGGGAGGCCCUGUGUACAGCCCCCCCCUGGAGGUGGCGGUGAAGAAGUCGCUGGGGCAGAGGGUCCUGGACGAGCUGAAGCACUACUACCACGGCUUCCGCCUGCUCUGGAUUGACACCAAGAUCGCUGCGCGCAUGCUCUGGCGAAUCCUCCAUGGCCACAGCCUGACCCGCAGAGAGCGCAGGCAGUUUCUCCGGAUAUGCGCUGACCUCUUUCGCCUGGUCCCCUUCCUGGUCUUUGUGGUGGUGCCAUUCAUGGAGUUCCUGCUUCCUGUCGCUGUGAAGCUCUUCCCCAAUAUGUUGCCGUCCACGUUCGAGACCCAGUCCAUCAAGGAGGAGAGGCUGAAGAAGGAGCUGCGCGUCAAGCUGGAGCUGGCCAAGUUCCUGCAGGACACCAUUGAGGAGAUGGCCCUGAAGAACAAGGCAGCCAAGGGGAACGCCACCAAAGACUUCUCCGUGUUUUUCCAGAAGAUCCGAGAGACGGGUGAGAGACCCAGCAAUGAGGAGAUCCUGCGUUUCUCCAAGUUGUUUGAGGACGAGCUGACCCUGGAUAACCUGACGCGGCCGCAGCUGGUGGCCCUGUGCAAGCUGCUGGAGCUCCAGUCCAUCGGCACCAACAACUUCCUGCGCUUCCAGCUCACCAUGAGGCUGCGGUCCAUCAAGGCUGACGACAAGCUGAUCGCUGAGGAAGGGGUGGACAGCCUGAAUGUGAAGGAGUUGCAGUCAGCGUGUCGGGCACGAGGCAUGCGGGCCCUCGGUGUCACAGAGGAUCGGCUGAAGGACCAGCUGAAGCAGUGGCUGGAGCUGCACCUACAUCAGGAAAUCCCAACAUCCCUGCUCAUCCUGUCCCGGGCCAUGUACCUCCCAGACACCCUCUCGCCCGCCGACCAGCUCAAGUCCACGCUGCAGACACUCCCGGAGAUCGUGGCAAAGGAGGCCCAGGUGAAGGUGGCCGAAGUGGAGGGUGAGCAGGUGGACAACAAGGCAAAGCUAGAGGCCACGCUGCAGGAGGAGGCGGCCAUCCAGCAGGAGCAUCGGGAGAAGGAGCUUCAGAGGCUCUCCGAGGCAGCGAAGGAAGUGGAGCCCGAAGUGGCGGCAGAGGCUGCCGCUGGGAGGCCUGCGGCUGAGCUGCAGCCCGAAGUGCCCGAAGUGACCCUGCCGUCAGAGGCCCUGAAGGACACGGCCCCUGUCCUAGAAGGCUUGAAGGAAGAGGAAAUAACAAAAGAGGAAAUCGACAUACUCAGCAACGCCUGCUCGAAGCUGAAAGAGCAGAAGUCGUCCCUGACGAAGGAGAAAGAGGAGCUGGAGCUGCUCAAGGAGGACGUGCAGGACUACAGCGAGGACUUGCAAGAGAUCAAGAAGGAGCUUUCCAAGACCGGCGAAGAGAUCUACGUGGAGGAGUCUACAGCCAGCAAGAGGCUGACGAAGAGGGUGCAGCAGAUGAUCGGGCAGAUAGACAGCCUGCUGUGCCAGCUGGAGGCCGACCAGCAGGCCGGCAAGCCAGGCCUCACCCCUGAGCAGCAGCCUGCGGGGGAGACUGUCAUCAGCAUCACCGAGCUCAUCAGUGCCAUGAAGCAAAUCAAGCACAUUCCAGAAAACAAGCUCAUCAGCUUGGCCUCCGCGCUGGAUGAAAAUAAGGAUGGCAAGAUCAACAUCGAUGACCUCGUCAAGGUGAUCGAGCUGGUGGACAAAGAAGACAUCCACAUCUCCACCAGCCAGGUGGCCGAGAUCGUGGCCAUGUUGGAAAAGGAGGAGAAGGUGGAGGAGAAGGAGAAGGCCAAGGAGAAGGCUGGGAAGGAGGCCGCCGAAGUGAAGAAUUAG